GAGAGAGAGCGCACGCUCAACUAUCAGGUCAUCCAGCUCGUAAAAUCUGUUGUGCUCUGACAACGAGAACAGAGAGGAGCAAAAGACUUCACUUAACAGACACAACACUCACUGUGCUUUGAGAAAUGCACGGAUUAUGGGAACAACAUUUCAUCUUCACACCUCACAUUUUCAAUUUUUUAGGCUUUUCGGUGACAGUAAAAGAGUAGCAGGAAGUGUUUUCAAAGAGGACAGAAUGAAGCAAACCUCUGGACUCAAUGGCUGGAUGAAGGAUGCUAUGAAGAAAAGAAGGAUACCUGACCUCUAACCGAACUUGGGAGGUAAAAAACUUUUGUCUUCAAGAAUCUAUCAGCGCUAAUUAGGGACAUUAUGAACUUGGAUGCCAACAUUUCAAAACCUGAGCCUAAAAGUGUCUUCACCUCUUCGAACCUAAUGCCCUUUGACCCUGACACCUGGACACCGAGCCCGGACAUCAUGAUGGGUAAUGUGGUUCGCAACAGUUCGUUUGGCUGUAACAGAAGUUGGGCUGACACAGAAGCAUCUCUCUUUCCCAAUCUAUCCAUCAGCGGCACUUCCAGUGAAAAAACAGAACCGCUGGCGUGGCAAAGAUGCAACAGCGAGACGAGUAAAGAGGAGUUAGUUCGGAAAAACUGGGCUGCGCUACUGAUUUUGGUUGUGGUCAUUAUUACGGUUACGGGGAACAUUUUAGUAAUCAUGGCUGUCAAUCUGGAACGAAAACUGCAAAAUGCCACCAAUUACUUUCUCAUGUCACUGGCAGUGGCAGAUAUGCUUCUGGGACUUCUGGUCAUGCCUGUCUCCAUGGUGACCAUUGUGUAUGAUUACUCCUGGCCCCUCCCUGCUUCACUGUGUCCCAUGUGGAUCUACUUGGAUGUUCUCUUUUCCACCGCCUCCAUCAUGCACCUGUGCGCGAUCUCCCUGGACCGUUAUGUGGCCAUCCGUAACCCCAUCCGACACAAUCGGUCAAACUCACGCUCCCGCGCCCGGGCCAAGAUCACGGCCGUCUGGACCAUCUCAGCAGGCAUCUCCAUGCCAAUCCCAGUGCUGGGUCUGCGCGAUCACACCAAAGUUUUCAAGGAUGGCAGCUGCCUAUUGACUGACAACUCUUUUGUGUUGAUUGGGUCCUUUGUGGCUUUCUUUGUGCCACUGACCAUUAUGGUGGUGACCUACUUCCUGACUAUCAGCGCUCUGCAGAGCGAGGCUACGCUCUGCCUUGAUCAACUGGUGCCCAGGCCCAAAUGGAGCGCAGGAUUCACUCUCAACUUCCUUCCUGGACCCUCAUUCUCACCCUCAGAAAAGAAACUGUUCUUGCGGCGUUCAUUGAGCCGUGAGGCAGGGGCAGAGUCAGGGGUGGUGACGCCGCCUUUCGAACGGCACACGGUGCAGUCCAUCAGCAAUGAGCAAAAAGCCUCCAAAGUUCUGGGCGUGGUCUUCUUCCUGUUCGUGGUCAUGUGGUGUCCGUUUUUCAUCACCAAUGUUUUAGCGGUGGUUUGCGAGCCGGCGACGUGCGACGCCGACGUGAUGAACGGACUGUUGAAUGUGUUUGUGUGGGUCGGUUACCUUUCCUCCGCUGUUAACCCGCUGGUUUACACGCUCUUCAAUAAGACUUACCGCUCGGCCUUCGCCAGAUACAUCCGAUGCCAAUUUCAUGAGGAGAAGAAACCGCUACAACUAAUUCUGGUCAACACCAUUCCACCGCUGGCCUAUCAGUCCACACACCUGCCGCUCACUGGAUCAAUAGGCAAUGGGGAUUUCUCUCUGCCCCUUCCCAAUAAAAACCACCAUCUGUCCAAAAGCAGCAAAAAUGAGAGUGUCAGCUGCUUGUGAACUCGCUCACAAAAUGCCAGCCGUAACCCUGGAUUUUGCUUUUGGGUUUCAUGCUUGGCAUUCUCUCCGUCUUACCUCUACAGAAAUCAGCUCCGAUUGGUCUAAAGUAUUAGUAUUCAAAGCCCGGCUGCAUCUAUGAAUGAAUAGCUUCACGGUCCAUGACUUUAUCGCAGGGUACUGAUACAUCAAAAGACCUUCAUCUGACCGGGAUCUGUCCUGACCAUAAAUGUCAGCUGAAUCAACGGGAUAAAACUUCUCUGGUUAUAAAAAUUGUAUAUAAGUGUUAAGUCAGAGUUUCGGUUUGAUGUCAAGACUUCUCGUUUUUUAUGUAGCACUUUAUAUGCCAGAGAGUCAAGUGUAAAUUCAUCGGAGAUCUGCAGUGUUUUGUUUACAGCGUCUGGUUUUUGACAACAAGUGUGGAUAACAGUUGUGAUGUGACUUUUUGUACUGCGUCAAACGAUUGAGAUGCUGUAGCCUCAUUCGUAUAAGCUGACGUUUGUGCUGCUGGUUUAUCAUUUUAGCCGGUAUUUGUAUUCAAUGAAUCUAGACAUUUGAGGCUGGUUUUUGGAACUAAACUUUACCUUAAAAGUAUGAAGCAAACUGGUGUCUAUGGUCAGAGAAUAAGGACCACCUUUAUUUUAUUAUUAGAAGUGGCAUUUUUCCAUAAUUCCUAUUAUUCUUAUGAAUAAGAACUAAAAUAACCCUAUAGAAGCCUGUUAUUACCUCAGAGUACAAAAACGAAAGAGGUUUUGAGAUGUUAAAAAUAGAAAUUAAAGUCACGUGCACACCAAAUGCAAAGUGAAUUUUCUCAUCGCAUUAUGGCUUUUGAUUACUCGCUGGAUAUUUUACGUGUCACUCAUGCGAAUAAAAUAAUUGCGUAAUGCUUCCUCCAUUUUCUGUUGCAACCGAACUGACUGGCUUUCGUGAUAUGUCAUGCAAUUUUUUUUUUUUGCUUGAGUUGAAAUUUUUAAACUUGCACAAAAGACAUAAUAUCGCGCCUUCACAGCCUGGUGCGAAUUUGCGUCUGUUUGUGUCUUUACAGUGACUUGCUGUGUGCACACCAAACAUGAAGCAAAUUUUCUCAUUGUGUUAUGCCUCUAGAAUACAUGCAGGAAUUUUUUUGUGUCACUCACGCCAAUAAAAUCAUUGCGUAAUACUUUCCUCCACCGGAGGUGUCAGGUUCUUCGCUGGUUGGCUUGCGCGACAACACAUCAUGCAAAUUUUCUGCUCGAGUUUCACCUUCAUGGCAAUCACGUCGCCCGGUGUGAAUUUGCGUCUGUUCGUGCCUUUACAGUGAGUUACACUGUGUGCACACCAAACGCAAAAUGAAUAUUCUCAUCGUGUUAAAGCUCUAGAAUACUUGCGGGACAUUUUUCACGUCAUUUGCGCAAAUAAAAUCAUUGUGUAAUGCUUUCCUCCGUUUUCCAGUAUGACCGGACGUGUCAAACUGGAUAUGUCAGUAAGUUCUUCGCUAAUUGGUUUGCCAAACUGAACAUGUCAAACUGGACGUGUUAAGUUCUUCACUGAUUGGCUUGCAUGACAACACCUCAUGCUAAUUUUCUGCUCGAGUUGAAAUUUUUCAACUUGUGCGGAAGACACUAUAUUUGGUGCGAAUUUGCAUCUGCCUUUACGGUGAAUUAUACUGUGUGCACACCAAACGCGACGCGAAUAUUCUGUGUUACAGCUCUAGAUUACUUGCGGGAUGUUUUUCGUGUCACUCAUGCAAAUAAAAUCACUGCAUAAUGCUUUCCUCCAUUUUCUGAUGCAACUGGACUGAUUGGCUUGCAUGACAACGUCAUGAAAAUUUUUUUUUUUGCUUGUGUUGAAACUUUUCAACUUGCACGAAAGACGCAAUGGCAAUUGUGUCACCUGGUGUGAAUUUGCAUCUGUUUGUGUCUUUACAUGACUUAUGCUGUGUGCACACCAAACUUGAAGCGAAUAUUCUCAUUGUGUUAUGGCUCUAGAUUACUUGCAGGAUGUUUUUUUGUUUCAUUCCCGCAAAUAAAAUCAUAGCGUAAUGCUUUUCUCCAUUUUCUGAUGCAACCGGAUGUGUCAAACUGGAUGUGUGAAUAAGUAUUUCACUGACUGACUUGCGUGACAUGUCAUGCAAAUUUUCCGGUUGAGUUUAAAUUUUUUCAACUUGCCUCGUCGACGCAAUUGCGUCACUUGGUGUGAAUUUGCGUCUGUUCACAUCUUUGCAGUGACUUAUGCUGUGUGCACACUAAACGCAAAGCAAAUUUACUUAUCGUGUUAUGGCUUGAUUACUCGCAGGAUGUGCAAAUAAAAUCACUGCAUAAUGCUUCCCUCCAUUUUCUGAUACAACCGGAUGUGUCAAACCAACACUAUCUCAGGACCAAUUCGUACGUAUUUUACCAGGUGGCUAAUUUGUAUGACACGUCAUUUGUAUUUUUUGCUCAAAUUUGUUAACUUGUAUGAAAGACGUGAUAUCCAAUCGCAUCGUCCAAUACGCAUUACUCGCGUCGCCCUUUUGUGUAUUUGUGUCUUUGCAUUGAAUUUGUAUGUCAUCUACUUGUGUAAUUAAAUUCGCUUUUGGUGUGCACACACCAUUAGUAUGUAAUCUACGUGCAUGAAAAAAUUAAAAUUCGCUUUUGGUGUGCACCCACUAUUAUGAUCACCAAGGCUGCAUUUAUUUGAUCAAAAUACAGUAAAAACAAUAAUAUUGUUAAAUAUUAUUACAGUUUAAAAUGACUGUUUUCUAUUGUGAUGUAUUUUAAAUGUUAUUUAUUCCUGUGAUGAAGGAACUAAACUUUCAGCAUUUAUUACUAUAGCCUAUAUCCUUCAGAAAUUGUUCAGAUAUGCUUAUUUGGUGAUCAAGAAAUAAUUCUUCUCAUUAUCAGUGUUGAAACAGUUGCUGCGUAAAAUUGUUGUGGAAACUGUUCAUUUUUUCAGUAUUCUUUGAUGAAUAUAAAGUUCAGAAGAACAGCAUUUAUUUGAAAAAGAAAUCUGGUACCAUUAUAAAUGUCUUUACUGUCACUUUUGGUCUGUUAUAAAGCAUCCUUGCUGAAUAAUAGUAUCUAUUCCUUUCAAAAAAAUGUGUAGUGUAUAAAUCCACAGCUGAUGCAAAAUCACUCUGUGAGAAAUAAAGUCACAAUUACUUUAUUUUACUCUGAGGUGAAAACGGGCCUCUAUAGAAACCUUUCUUAAAUAACUAUUUUCAAAAAAACUACAAUCCAAAUCAGGAAGCAUGCUGUUUGCCCAGUGUUUUUCUGGUGGUAAACAUCAUAGCUAUUUUGGUGUACCAGCUGGACUAGCUCAAAAACUACAGGAAACCAGCAGAAACCAGCCUAGCGCAGUAUGAAAAGUCUAAGCUGCUCUUUUUUAAAAGGGAACUUAUUAUCCACUUUUUCACCUUGUCAAAAACAAUUUCUGAGAUAUUUUGGAGUUGCACAUAUUGUUCAGAAAGUGGCAGUAUUCAAACCCAACACUUACCUUUGUCAGAUUUGAAGUUCUUUGAAAACAUGCUUUUAAGAACACCUGUAAGUAUUUGGUUUUGAAAAUGUACCUCUGGAUUCAGGGUUCCAUGGCAACACGACGGGUUCAGAUCUCAGCACCUUGUGAAAACCUCUGAUCUGUUUUCUGAUUCCAUUUCCAGUGUCUGAAUUGACAGCGGUGUUGUUGUUGUUGUUAUGGUGAUGGUCAUAAACU